AUGAGUGGUCUUGGUGCUGGGCAUGAUUCAUUUUACGAGUAUCUUGUAAAAUCGUCAAUUCUCUUCGAUGAUACUCAAUUAAACUUCUUGUUCACCGAGGCAGUAAAGAGCAUUCGCUAUCACGCACGUCAAGGACGAGCCAAAUGUUUUUCAGGGACAGACAACUACCCACCAAUUUAUUGGAACGUGAAUAUGUUCACGGGAGCAUUGGCCAAUUACUGGGUUGAUUCACUUCAAGCAGCCUGGGCCGGAGUCCUUGCACUGAAUGGGGAGCUAGAAGAAGCCGUGUGUCAACAUGCUCUCCACUUCGCCAUUUGGCAGCUGUUUGGCUUGAUGCCUGAACGCUACAAUCUAGUUCUUGAGACACCUGAUCUUUAUUUUUAUCCACUCAGGCCGGAGCUAGCUGAAUCUACUUAUCUGCUCUACCGCGCCACGAGGCACCCAUUUUAUUUGCAAGUUGGCGCCACUUUAGUUAACGAUAUCGAUAAUUUCACCAGAGAAAAGUGA